CGCUUGCAUCCCCAUCCGGAAGCAUCCGUUUUUCUUUAUAUAUUCUGCUUGUCAGAAUAACCUUAUUUCGACUCUUGCUGGGAUAGAAUCCCUGGUCUAGUUGACUGUUGAGGCGACUCGACUCUUGACCGCAUCGCCUAGCUGUACCCCCGCGUUAGCGGCCGAGCCGAUUAGAAAUCCAGGAUCCCUGUAUCUGGAAUCGCUUUUAGCAUCAUCAUCAUCAUCAUCAACAUAAUCUUCAGCUUGUCCUAUCUUUCCAGUUAUACAAAGUUUAUAAUCGCAUCUCUCCACUCAAAUUCGCCCAUCAUGUCUGUGCCGACCAUGCAGCGUGAAACGGCCUUCCAGGUCCGGUCUCUGUUCCGCUCUUUGCUCCGUCAAUCCUCCCAGUUCUCGAACUACAACUUCCGCGAGUAUGCCCGCCGGCGCACGAUGGAUGCCUUCCGCGAGCACCAGAAGGAAUCCGAGGACCGACGGAUACAGGAGUUGAUCCAGGAUGGACUACAGAACUUGCGGAUGAUGAAGAGGCAAACCAUUAUCAGUCAGUUCUACCAGCUGGAUCGGUUGGUUGUUGAGGGUCAGAAGACUGGUAAGCAGACUGGCACGGAAGGAAACAUUGUUCGCCAGAAGGAUACUGGCUGGGACUAAACGCCCAACGGGGAUCAUUUGUUUUUUCGUAGCGAGAGUACGGAGUUGAGGGGAAUCCAGCACCAAUACGAUAUCAAUAUCAUUUGGGGCCAUUUGAGCCGAUGGCCCGAAGAUGAAGGAAUAGCAUAGAUCGAAGGGUUCUGUAUUUUUAUUGAAAGCCACUGCGCUUUAGGCAGCGAUUCUUACUCUUACUCAUCUGGAAUACCAUUCUUCGCUCUCUAUUAGCC